GCUGCGUCGGAAAAGGGAAACGUGGGGCUGAGGGGCUGGCAGGCCAUGAAGCAGCGGGACAGGAGCCCCCCCCGGAACAAGCCGUGGAAGAAACUCAAGAGCAUGGUCCACUGGUCGCCUUUCGUCGUGUCCUUCAACAAGCGCUACCCGUGGGUGCAGCUGGCCGGCCAUGCGGGGAAUUUCAAAGCCGGGGACUACGGGCGGAUCCUGAAGAAGCUCUGCCCGCGGGAGCAGCAGUGCCUGGAGCGCCUCAUGCAGGACUCGCUGCGCCCCCACGUGCCCGCCUACUUCGGGCUGGCGCAGCGGGACGGCGAGUGCUACAACCAGAUGGAGGAUCUGCUGGCCGGCUUCGAGACGCCCUCCAUCAUGGACUGCAAGAUGGGGGUCAGGACGUACCUGGAGGAGGAGCUGGAGCAGGCCCGGCAGCGGCCCCGGCUGCGCUGCGACAUGUAUGAGAAGAUGGUGGCGGUGGAGCCGGGGGCGCCCACGCCCGAGGAGCACGCCCAGCGCGCCGUGCUCAAGCCCCGCUACAUGCAGUGGAGGGAGGCGCUUAGCUCCAGCGCCACGCUGGGCUUCCGCAUCGAGGGCAUCAAGAAAGCCGACGGCACCUGCAGCACCAACUUCAAGACAACGCGGCGGCCCGAGCAGGUGGUGCAGGCGCUGGGCGACUUCGUGGACGGCGACAGAACCAUCCUGACAAACUACCUGGGCCGCCUGAAGGAGCUGCGGGCGGCGCUGGAGCAGUCCGAGUUCUUCAACACCCAUGAGGUGGUGGGGAGCUCUCUGCUUUUUGUCCAUGACCGGACGGGGCUGGCCAAGGUCUGGAUGAUCGACUUCGGCAAGACGGUGCCGCUGGCCCGGGGGCAGACACUGACGCAUCGGCUGCCGUGGGUGGAGGGGAACCGGGAGGACGGCUACCUCUGGGGGCUGGACAAUCUCAUCACCAUCUUCAGCACCAUGGAGCAGGACUGAGCCGG